CGAUGAUCUCUUACAUGUUGUUUACAUUAAUACCAGUAAUUUUAGACACAGUAAUGCCAUUAAAUGAGACACGUUCACCACGUUUGGCGAUAGAAUUAGAUUAUUACUUUUUUGACAAACAUGAUUAUUAUUUGUGGACAACUAUUCACUUGUGUAUUACGGCAAUGUAUGGUGUAGUGUCAGUAAUAAGCACCGAUAUACUGCUUUUUACCUUCACUUUACAUGCUUGUGGGAUGUUUAAAGUUUUAAGAUAUAAAUUAAAAGUAAUUAUGAUUCAAGAAGACACAGCAAAAUUGUUGAUUAAUACAUCCGUAAUGUAUAGGAAGGCUGCCUCUUGUGUGGAAAUACACAAUAGAAUUCUUAUGUUCGUUAAUUAA